CUGUGUGAUGUCAGAGGUGUUACUUUGUGUUGUCCUGCUGAGCCUAAUCCAGAUGGAUUAAGGAAAAGAAAGCAGGCACCUGUACAACUGCAGUAGAGGUAGAGAGACAUUAGCUAGUGAAGUGUGGAGCAAAAACAAACAAACAACAACAGCAAAAAGAGCAACAACCAAAAAAAAAAAAAAAACCUUAGUAGUACUGUAUGACAAUAAGGAACAAGAAGGACAGAAGGGUGAGUAAAUCUGGAACCAGAGGAUUAGAGGAAUUUCAAAGGGAUUUAAAUUUACCUGUUGUAGCCUUAAUAAAAAAGCACCCAAUUUUCCAUCUAUCUUAAUCAUCUAAUACCAAGCUGUAGUUAUCUGAUCAAAAUGGCUACCAAUGGAAUAAGCAAAUCUUUAAAGCUCCAAUUUGGGCUCAUCAACUAUGAUAACCGCUACCUCACAGCUGAGACUUUUGGCUUCAAGGUAAAUGCAUCUGGUACAAGUAUGAAGAAAAAACAACUCUGGAGUCUGGAGCAGGAUGACCAGGAUGGUCAGGUGGUUUUCCUUCGCAGUCACCUUGGCCGUUACCUAUCCACAGAUAAAGAUGGCAAAGUGAAUUGUGCAACUGAGGUUCCAGAAUCUGACUGUCGCUUUUUGAUUGUAGCUCAGUCAGAUGGCCGCUGGGCCUUGCAGUCAGAGCCUUAUCUGCGAUACUUUGGAGGCACAGAAGAUUUCCUGACCUGUUUUAGCCAGACCAUUGGAGAAACUGAGUUGUGGACCAUCCACUUGGCCCUCCACCCACAGGUUAACAUGUUGAGCAUAGCGCGCAAACGCUAUGCACACUUGUCUGAUUCAAAGAGUGAGAUUUCAUUUGACAGUGAUAUCCCAUGGGGUGUGGAUUCCCUGAUUACCCUGGUCUUCAAGGAAGGAAAGUACAGUGUGAAAACAUGUGACAACCGCUUUCUCAGUAGCAAUGGAAAGCUGGUAGAUGAUUAUGGUCCUGAAACAGCUUUUACAUUGGAUCUCAGGUCUGGUAAGCUGGCUUUCAAAGAUAAUGAGGGAAAGUACCUAGCCCCAACGGGUCCUUCAGGCACCUUGAAGUCUGGGAGAUGUACAAAGCCGGGUAAAGAUGAGCUUUUUGAUCUUGAGGAGAGUCAUCCUCAAGUGGUUUUCCUGGCAGCCAACAAAAGAUACCUAUCUGUCCGUCAAGGUGUCAGCAUCUCAGCCAAUCAGGAUGAGGAAACAGAUCAGGAGACAUUUCAGAUGGAACUUGACCAAAAGACUAAGAAAUGCAUGUUCAGAACUAAUUCAGGGAAUUAUUGGACACUCGUCAUUCAUGCAGGCAUCCAUACUACAGCCACAGAAAUUGAGCCCAACACAAUGUUCGACAUAGAAUGGCUUGGUGGAAGAGUGGCUCUAAAAGCUAGUAAUGGAAAAUAUGUCUGCAACAGAAAAAAUGGACAGCUUGCUGCAGUCAGCGAUACAGUGGGUGAGUGUAAAAGGAUAAGCUUUCACUCUUCUUGUGCGCCUUUAGGCAGUGAUGAGCAGUUCUUGUUGAAGUUGAUAAACCGUCCAAUCCUAAUCUUGCGAGGGGUGAAUGGCUUUGUUUGCCACCACAAGAGCUCCAAUACACUGGACGUCAACCGCUCUAUUUAUGACAUCUUCUCAUUGCUCUACAACGAUGGUGCAUAUCACAUACAGUGUGGAAAUGGAAAGUUCUGGUAUGUCACUAGCAGUGACUUGGUGUGUGCAGAUGGUGAAGAGCCAGAGAACUUCUUUCUAGAGUUUCUGGAGCAUGGAAAAAUGGCCAUCAAGAGCAAAAAUAAUAAAUAUCUGCGUGCUGACCAAGGAGGCACUCUCAAGUGUGACGUCACUACUAUGGACAGCUCCUGUCUCUGGGAGUACUGAGUCUUUUAAUGAAGCUUCACUAAUACACCAAGUUGUAGUAGCAACAGAGCCACACAGACUGAUGAAUAAGUAAAAGUCAUUUGCUGUUAAUGGCUGACAUAUUUUAUUAAUUUUUUUUAUCUGUUAAAUACUGUCAAUGACGAGGACUCAAGUCUGUCUAUAGUGCUGCCAUUAUCUUUGUAUUUUUGACUAUUAUACAUUGUUAUUAUUUAGCUUAGCGAGAACCAUAAGUAGUUCCUGAUACUGAUAUUUCAUUUUUGGUGUUUCCACUUCACAUUAACCUGCCUUUGAUAUUUAUAUGUAUAUAAAAUACUUAAAAGGUAAUAUAAAGCUCUCAGAGUGUUGUUGCUGUGUCCUCUCAAUAGGGCCUUAAAAAGUCCUAGCAAUCCUUCUUAUUUAACCCUUCAAUGCUUAAAUCAUCUAAGGGUUCUUGUUUUGGGUGGCUGUGAGUGUUUACUGAGCUAGUAGUCUACAUGGUAACAUGUUGGACAUAGUAUGAAUUUAACUUUUUGCACCUGCUUCAU